UACUCGAAAGAAUGGGUCGUAUAUUACUCAAGCGCAUUGCAUGCUUAUUUUCCGUCAUCAACACAAAAAGACUAAGCGUUGAAAGGUAAAAGUGUAGACGGUAUAGCAUCUUACAACUACGUUGCUACGCCGUAAGGUCAGUCUCGUGAGAGGAGGCCCACUUUGGGGUCGAAUACGCAGACAUUGUUGAACUUAACAGACUCCUGCAAGCACUGGUACGACUUGUUGAUGAGAUAUAAUCUAAAACUAUUUGCCAAACACCGGAAACGUCUUUUUCAAAUUCCACCACUUCCUGUGAUAAAGAAAUGCUCUUUAGUAACUUUUAUUCGCUCUUGCAUGCUCAAAGAUUUCCAUAAGUGUUGUGUAUCGUGAACGCGUAUGGCAAAUCGGUGCGUUGUAAAGUCAAAACAAAGUGCGUAGAAAAGCGAAAGGUCGCUAAUGUUAAAGACAUAUAGCGUGUUGUAUAGUGAUCAGGCGACACAGUGUUGAAAGCGUGCUGCUGUAUUUCACCUUAUAGUCUGAAUGGGGCAUCCUGAGCCAUUCGACAAGAUUAUAUUGCCUGACAUACUGUGAUUUCUCAACAGUUCCACUCUGAUAAAACUCGAAUUUCAGACGUUAGCGUUAUCGCUGUGAAUCUGUAAUCCUACAGUUACUACAUCAGCGAUGCAAGUUUGUUACAAAUAAAAAGAUAAAUGAGCAGUUUUGAAACAUAGGCAGCAACACAACACAUCUGAAGAACCUGCGGGUUCGAGAGCGUUGAAGUUUUGGGAACGAAAAAUUAUCGGAAGUUCUGUGUAAACCCAGGAAGGAACGAAGAAAGGCGAGCCCAUUAUUAAUACCUUACUUGCUGACAUUUCAUCCUAAUCACAGACACGGUCAGAAGCCCGCUUCAUGAACUUCUCUUUGACCAAACUCGAUAAAUAUAGUACGUAGAAAGUAUAAUACAAACAUCUUCUUCGAGUAUUGCUUGUGCUGUGUUGACGUAUAUAUGGCCGCAACAAGAUUUGAAAGCCAAUCAAAGGGCUGGCAAGGUUUUACACAACGUUCUAUUGGUAGUCUAAGACCGUUGAAUUAUGGCGUUAAGUUGGGACGAUACAAAGAAGACAUAAACUCGUUUGCCGAAGAUGAUGAAUGUAUAUAUUAUUCAACUGUUUAUGGUAAGGAUCAUAAACUUAAGCUGGUGAGCAAUCCAGGAUUUGGAAAGUUCGCUAAACCUCACUCGAAGUUUAAGGACGAAAAACUAAAUAAAACUAUGUCAACGAAAGUCGAUAAGUACGACGCUGAGGAUGAAGGAACUUAUGAACUUUUAAGUUGUACGACAGAGCAACCACCAGUUUCUCAUUCACCGUUUCAUACGGCUUUAAGUACUAAUCGGGAUCGUCAUACUCUCGUACCAAUGAACAUGCUUCGCGCAAUGAAGAACGAUCUUGUCUCGCAACAGAACACGGGUCGAGUGAUGACAUUUGAACCGGACAGUUAUCGGCCGUACCUAUCUUCCGAAUAUGUGUGUAAUAAUAACUGCGUUGAAAAGGCGAAAUUAACCGGCCAUAGUGGCUUUGUUUCGCAACAAUCUUCGCACAGCUUGAUGAAAAGGGAAGACAGCGAAGAGCUUUUAGACUAUUGUACAUGUAUGUGUUUCGUUAAAGGUGCUUUCUACCACUUUACAAAGGAUAACGAGGACGAAGGACAGAUUGCUGAUGAGCCAUGUUCGUGUGCUGGUCCGUUGAGUCAAUGUUUACCUCGUUGGUGUUGUCUAAGCGCGUUCUCAAUGUUAUUUCCCUGUCUUUGCUGCUAUCCACCAUUGAAGGGUUGUAAAAAGCUGAGGAAUCUCGUGAAUGAGUCAAAAACGACAGCAAAUGAGAAGAAAACAAGCAAAUAAUGAAAUUCCCAUUUAUCAUGUAGCCCUCUAUUGAUAGCUUGACUGAACUCACAGAGAUCAAGAAGAUUUAGAAGAGUAAUAAUGAGAAAAUGGUAUCCGUAAUGGAUCAACUCUACGAAUAUUGAUCAUAGCCAAGGCGCUAAACUUUUUAACAAACUGUAAGCUAUGCACGGAGUUGUCGACAAAUGAAAUUUCAAUGAAGUAUAAGACAAAUGGCAUUUGAAACACAUUCUAGCUGCCUUCUUUGUGGCCAAAUUUAUUUAUGUUUAUUUUUUAAACGUUUUGGAAGUAAUUUAUAGUUUAUAAAUAAAAGAAGGUAGCAGCGUAUUGUAUUUAACUAGAAAGCAGCGCUUGUCCUGAAGUCUGCAAAGGUUCAUCCAUAGCACCUUUCUCAGAUAUAUCAUUUAGGAGAUGCUAUUUAUCUGAAGUUGUGCGUUUAUUUCACGCAAAUGCGCGAGCGGCAUGAUAAUAUUUGUAGCGAACAGAAAUAUAUAUAUAUAUAUUAGCUAACAAGCAUGCUUGCCAUUUUGUAUAGUACUUGUCCUUCUUGUACAUAACUGUAUAUAUUUAAUGAAGUAUCUGUGAUACUCUACCGAUGUAAAUAAAAUGAAUUCCACUGGGAAA